CGGUGCCUGAGGCAGGGUCCCAGCGCUGGUCAGUGGCUGAUUAGAGCAGUGAGAAGCGGGCAGAGCUGGUCUCUCGUCUUCUUCUGAAGAGCCUUUGAAAGAGAAGAAUUAACAUGUCAUCCUUGAUCAAAAAGGUGAUCAACUCCGCGAAAGCUCCAGGGGCCAUUGGUCCGUACAGUCAAGCUGUGCUAGUGGGCAGGACCGUUUACAUUUCUGGACAGGUAGGCAUGGACCCUUCCAGUGGACAGCUUGUGCCAGGAGGGGUAGUCGAAGAAACUAAGCAAGCUCUUAAAAACAUCGGUGAAGUUCUGAAAGCUGCAGGGUGCGACUUCACUAACGUGGUAAAGACAACUGUUUUGCUGGCUGACAUGAAUGACUUCAAUACUGUCAAUGAGAUCUACAAAACGUAUUUCAAGAGUGACUUUCCUGCUAGAGCUGCUUACCAGGUUGCUGCUCUACCCAAGGGAAGUCGAAUUGAGAUUGAAGCCAUAGCUGUCCAGGGACCUUUCACAACAGCAUGACUAUAAGUGGCCACACCAUUGUUGACACUGGAAACUUUAGUGUCUUUAACACCUUAAUUUUUAUGAUUGAUGUUGGAAAGUAUAAAUGUGACCAAAAUAGCUGAAGUUAUCAUGGAAAUUACCAGAAAUAUGGAGAUCUGAAAUGAAUCAGGGAUUAUUGAAUCCAUUAAUGCCAUAAAUAACACGUUUCUGAAUGAGGGAAGAUCCUUAUGCAGUUACUUAGAUAAAAGAGACAGAAAGAAAGAUGAGUUCUUCAGGAAAGAUGAAGUGUUGCUCCUGACAAAUAAUGAGCUCACCCGAUUAUAUUAAAUUAUAUUAAUUUACUGAUAUAGUUCGUUCAUAUUAGAUAUGUGGAAUUAAAAUAUUCUAAUAUGAAUGGUACAGGUAGAGUAGAGAAGAAUAAAGUGGACCAAAAUCUUAUACAGAUAAUAUUUUUCUAAUGGAAAUAAAAUGAAUGAAUGUCUA